AUGGAUGAUAUCGACACAUAUACCUGGAAUCAAACAACUUAUCCUCUCAACGAGUCGGGCAGUGAUGACGGGAACCACCUGGAUGAAUAUUCGAACUUUGUGCACGUUACGGAGACCACGAUACUACCUUCUCUAAUAGGCUUCUUGUGUUCCACGGGACUCGUGGGAAACAUCCUCGUGCUGGUGACAAUCUUGAGGACCACCAAGAAGACUGUUCCUGACGUGUAUGUGUGUAACCUGGCGGUGGCAGAUGUGGUGCACGUGACCGUCAUGCCCUUCCUCAUCCACCAGUGGGCGCGCGGGGGGCACUGGGUGUUCGGCAGCACCCUCUGCACCAUCAUCACCUCCAUCGACAACUGUAACCAGGUGGCCUGCGCAGCUGUCAUGACUGCCGUCAGCCUGGACAGGUACCUGGCGGUGGUCCACCCGCUCCGCCUGAUGACCCUGAGGACCCGCUCCAGAACCAUCCGGAUCAACCUGUGUGUGUGGGUGGUGUCCUUCAUCCUGGUGCUGCCCGCCUGGCUCUACUCAGAGGUGCUGCGCUUCCCCGACGGCCUGGAAAGCUGCACCAUGAACCUGGUCUCUCCCAGCGCAGUGCUCUGGUACACACUGUAUCAGACCAUCACAUCGUUCUUCCUGCCGCUGCCCCUCAUCCUGACGUGCUACUUCCUCAUCCUCACCUCGACAUGGAGGAAGUACCUGAAGACCAAGCAGGCAAGCCGCUGCAACAUGAGCCUACCCAGACAGCGCGCCGUCCGCCUCACCCGGAUGGUGCUGGUUCUAGUGGGCGUGUUCAUGGUGAGCGUGGCGCCCUAUCACGUUCUCCAGCUUGUAAACCUGAGUGUGCGCCGGCCUUCAUUGGCCUACCACACCUGCUACUACCUGUCCGUUUGCCUGAGCUACGCCCCCAGCUCCAUCAACCCCUUCAUCUACAUCCUGCUGAGCAGACACUUCCGCAAGCGCAUGCCCAACGCCCAGCGCCCAGCGACCCAGAGGGAGACAGCCUCUCCCGCCAACUCCAUGCCCCUGCUGGAUAAUGGCCUAUUGUCUCUCUAUGCCCCCCCGCCCCUCUAG